AUGGAUCGUAAGGCUUUCGACAAGAAUACUGCACCGCCAAGCGCGCAAACAAAAUCCUCGUCAGCCAAGAAUCACGCCGAACCGCCGCCAUCAAUAGUUUUGGAGCCGGAAGAUGGCGGGGAGAGAUACUCGAUAGGCGCAUUUCUAGGGAAAGGUGGAUUUGCCGUUUGCUAUGAGGGUACAUUGGCGCGCAACGGUCGAGUGUAUGCCAUGAAAGUGGUAAAAUCCCAGAUGCCCCAGAAAAAGAUGGAGGAGAAGUUUCGGACCGAGCUUCAAAUCCACUCCAAAAUGCGACAUCCUUUUAUCGUUCAAUUUUACCGUGCAUUCGCCUUUGAAUCCAGCACAUACGUCGUCCUGGAGCUAUGUCCCAACGGGUCGGUGAUGGAUAUGGUACGGAAACGUCGGUGUCUAAGCUUGCCCGAGGUGCGACGAUUCAUGAUCCAGCUUUGCGCGGCAGUCAAAUAUCUUCACAAGCGAUUUGUCGCACACCGCGACCUCAAAAUGGGGAACCUGUUCCUAGAUCACAAUAUGAACAUCAAAGUUGGAGAUUUUGGACUUGCUGCGAUGAUUCUCUCAGACAAGGAUGCAAAGCGACGAAACACGCUAUGUGGAACUCCCAACUACAUUGCUCCUGAAGUCCUUGAUAAGAGCAAAGGUGGCCAUACACAAAAAGUGGACAUUUGGUCAUUGGGUGUUAUUUGCUUCGCCAUGCUCACUGGAUACCCGCCUUUCCAAUCAAAAACACAAGAAGAAAUUUACAAGAAGGUCCGAAACUUGAGCUAUGUCUGGCCCAAGGAAUCGGACACCAACAACUUCAUUCCGGAAGAAGCGAAGGACCUCGUUACUAGCUGCUUGAACCUAGUUGAUGAGGAACGGCCAGAUCCGGAUGACAUUGUUGAACACCCAUUUUUCAACAUGUACGAUGGCUGCAUUCCGCGCCAAUUGGAUGCAGGUUGUCGUUACAAUAAGCCGCUAUGGCUCAAGGAUGCUUCACCACGGGGUGAUUGUAUGGUGGGUGGCUACAGCCUGGAUUCUGACGAAAAGCUUCGUGCCUAUGUGUACCAAGUGGACGACCCCAGUCAGCGGUACCAUUCCUGCAAGGCUGCUUUCUACUCUCUCUGUGGAGUUGGAAAGAAGCCCGACGGAACGGCUCGAAAAUCUGUGGGAAGGAACUGCUCUAAGUCAGCCUACGCUGAGUGCGACGCAGAGGACCAGAGAGGUUUGCGCCCAGUUGUUCCGCUGACACCUGACUUUGUUUACCGAUGGCCACACGAUCUCGAUGGGGAUUGGUGUCUGUUGGAAACUUCCCGCAAGGUUCGCAGCGAAGAGUCCAUGCUUGACAGCAGCACUCUGUCGCGGCGCAGUGUUGGUGUUCGCCCCAACCCCGUGGCAGCUUCACGAACCAACGCUGCCCUCCUUGCUGCCCAACAAAGGCGCAUGGAGGGACAAAGUCAUGCCGCAACGCUUCGCCAACAAGCUCGUGUGCCUCCUCUAUCUCCCAGAAGGGCACCCGGAGUUAGCGAUCCUCCUGCCUCAUCCGGACCUUACCAUGGCGCCCCAGAAGCAAAACCGACGCAGUCUUUGGCUACUGAGGUACCCGCUGGUGGCCUAGCGGAACGUCCCAUCCGCACACGAAGGCUGGCAUCAGCAUCUCAAGCAACGACUCUGCACAGCAAGGAAAGGGAUGCCGUUCCUCAAUUAACCAAGUCAACAAGCAUGCCAUCAGGCCUGACUGUAGGCAAAACGCGUUCUCAGUCUCGCAGAUUGGCAGCCGCUGACCAGGAGUUGCCACAGGCUUCCAUCCCAACGAGAGAACGGCAGCCAUCUACAAUUUCCGAGGAACGCACAGCGAUCACCCGCCAGACAUCCCUGCGAUCCUCGUCGAGGAUGGACCCGAAGGCUAUCGCGGAGAGAAAUGAACGACGGAAGGCCAGCCCCAUCGAGGAAAGCGCGCGAUCGUCGUCUAGCCAGUCCAAGUCUUCGUCUUCGUCUACUGGACUUACCCGAUCUGAUUCCAAUGGAAUCAGUCGGUCUAAUAGUAAGACAGCCGGGAGGGCCCGCUCCAGCCUAGGAUUGAGUCCUCUUUUCCACACUGAAGAUCUCUGCGAGCUUCUCCCUAGGACUUCGCUGACCGAAGUGAACACCGACUUGCGUCUGUUGCUGUCGAAUUUGGUCAACCACGCGCCCAGUCGUCGACGUGGCGGAGCGAGGAAACAGCCCCAUGCCUAUGUCAUUAAAUGGGUUGACUACACAAAUCGCUAUGGCAUCGGAUAUGUCUUGGAUGACGGUAGUGUUGGAUGUGUUUUCAAGGGAGAAAACGGGCAGCCAGCAACAAGUGUCGUGGUUCGAGAUGGAGAGAGACACAUUCGUCGCAAGGCACGAAGUGUCGAGGACGGCGACAUGAAACCACUGUUUUACUCCGAAUCGGAUCAGCUUGUUCCUCGCAACGGACGUGCGGUUGAGUUCUACGAAAACAGGGACGAUGACUUGUUAGGGUGCCGCGGUAUCCGACGAGCAAUGAUCUCUCCAUCACUUUUCGAUAAGAGCUCAAAAGCGAUGAGAACUCGCACCCAGUCAGGCCCUGAACCCGAACGAGCCGAUGCAGAGAAGAUCAAGCGCAUGAAGCUCGUGGACCAAUUCGGCAAAUACAUGAUUGGAGCACUCGGUCGCCAUGGUGACGAAGGUAUCAUGGACGAUGACAUCCCUCAACAGAAUAGCGGCCAGUUCAUCAAGUUCUACCAGCGGCUCGGCAAUGUUGGAAUAUGGGGCUUCGGAGACGGCGCCUUCCAGUUCAACUUCCCCGACCACACCAAGCUUGUCAUCUCACCAGGCCGCACUCGCAGCUCGUCUCCCUGGGUCGACUUCUACCAUCUCUCGCCAUCCGCCGCCCGAUACUUCGCCGCGAAGGGCAAGAUGCACUCGAACGGGUUUGACACGCGAGCCGUCGCCUCAGAUGAAGCUGCUACGUUCCUCAGCAUCGCCAACGGCGACUCGGUGAACUCAAUCGAAGAUCGAAUUCGCGAUAUCUUGGACGCAAACGCCUUCAUCCAGAAAAUCGCUUUCAUCAAAGAUACCCUCAAAGUCUGGAUCAAACAUGGUCGUCUUGGCGGUCGUCCAGCCUCCGCUGACGCCGUCUCUCCCGAUCAAUCUAUGCCAAGAGAAAUGUUCUGGCAAGGAACUCAAGAACGAUCACAACCAAAUACCCCCGGUACGAAAUUCGUCUGGGUAACAGUCGGUGCACCAGAUGGCGAUGGCCAAUACCGGUCCGUGAUGCUGAAAGAUAGUGAUCGAGAAAGAGUCGCCAAGCGUGCUAGCACGGAUUAUGAGAAGGAGAUGGAUUUAUUGAAAGACAGGCUUCGGGCUCUUGGUCGUUGA